UUCAGUGGGGCCGCACGCGUCGGUACAUCAGAAAUUCGCGAAUCGAACAGUCGGCGGGUCGUACCGCCGCCUUACGUCAGUAGCCAGUGUUAAAGUGUCCACAGUGCAAAAACAAAUAUUUAGUGAUUAAACACUUGGAACUUACCAAGGUUAGCAGUGUUGUGUUGCAAAAACAGGAGGAUCUCAAGUGUAUAUUUUUUUCUCAGCCAUCGUCACGCGCUUUGAGCUGUUUUUAUAUUCAUUCUUGAAUGUUAACCUGCAGUGAACAAUUCUGUGAAUAAAAAGCUCAAACAAAAUUAUAUUUGAACUUGUCUGGACAACUGAUGGAAGUGAUAUAAAUAAAAAUAGUGUUAAAAUUGGUUUUUGGGGGGUGAUGUGCGUUUGAUGUCCAAAGUGGCGAAGUCAGAGUCGAGAGUUGUGCUAGUGGGUGAUGGGGAUGGUGAUGGCUGCUGCUCCUGCACUGGCAUGAGGAUCGGUGACCUUGGGGGCGUUUUGCUCGAAGCCGCAAAGCUUACCAGGUCCUGGUUCUGCCAAAAGCCUGGAUACGGCUUCUCUCAGAAGGUAGACGAAGAAGAAGGGACGGGUGGGGUGGCUCUACAUCCCCCCGACGGAUUCUAUACCCACCAGCAUUCAAUCCACGCCCAUCAUGCCCACACUGCAGAACCCGAUCGAGGAUACAUGGAGGGCAACAGAUAUGUCACUGCAGUUCAUCGACCUUUACCUGCUCUAAACCACUCGAACUCGUCAUGCUCGUCGGCGUCGAACGCGUCCACGGGGGCGGGGCUGUGCGUGGGCGCAGCCGAGCCGGCGCCACCGCUGUACAUCGCCGCCCCACCAGAGGGCUUUGGACACGCGGUUCAUACAAACAGGCGAGGCACAGAUGUGUCCAUCAUGGGCAUGGGUUCGACGGGGAUCACCCAAAAAGAUCCCACUUUACCCCAAAAAAGGGGUAAAUUGACUAGAGGCCGUUAUGAAAUGUCCCAAGACCUUCUGGACAAACAAACGGAGAUCCUAGAACGAAGGUACGGAGGGUUGAGAGCAAGAAGGGCUGCGGUGACCAUCCAGAGGGCGUUUAGGAGACGACAGCUGCUGAAGAAGUUUAGUGCCAUCACAGCUAUGGCUAAGGCCGCUGACUCGAACGCGAGGAGGCUGCAAGAUGGGCCCGAACAUGGGCAACUAGUCAAUGGUACAGAUAUAUACGCAAACACGCUACUACAGAAGAGUCCUGGUGGUGUGGAGAAGUCCUUAGCACUGACCAGGCCCAUGAGGUCCAUGUCGUUACGGGAACGACACGACAUUGAUAUGAGCAAUCACAUGGUCUGCGACCCUCAAAGCGAGGUGGAAGCCAUGGUGGCAAGAGUCCAGCAGUCAGCCCAUCAGAUUCACAUGAUCGCAGCUGAUAUGCCACCCCUACACCGCGGAGAUGCUGACAGUGGGGUGUGCAGUUGUUCAGUAAGCGGCUCCGUCACCAACAUAUCUACGUCCUCAUCACACAAUGAAUCUCUACACAACCAUCAGUUAUUAAAUAAUACAGGCCCAAUAUACGGCAACCUGCUAUCAUCAGGUGGCAAGCCGCUGUCAUCCCCGACAGCUCGUCAGCAACAACAGCUAGCCGCCAUCCAAGCUGCGAACGCCCGGCGACUCCCGCCCGAAGUACCGAAGCGGACUAGCAGUAUUACACUCAAUGCGGAGAGUCCAGUCUCGCUUCGUCGAGCUGAAUGUGGCGCAGUGGUCCGCGGUGGCUCCAUGUCCUCAGUGCAGUCCUCGUCAUCAUCGUCGUCACAGGAGCACCGCCACCACUACCACCAGCCCUACCAACCUAGAGCUCCGGAGCCCGUGCAGGCGGCGUACGCAGGUCGUGGAGCUGGGUACGAGGAGAGGUUCUCGGUGUGGAAGCGCCAGGACGCGGCGCCGUACUACGAGGCGCCCGCCGCCUGCUGCCGGCCCGCGCACGACGCCCUCCACACGCACAAGGUCUCAGAAACGGUUCGCAAGCGCCAAUACCGCGUUGGUCUGAACCUCUUCAACAAGAAGCCAGAGCGAGGCAUCGCCUACCUGAUCUCUCGUGGCUUCCUUGAGAACUCCCCUCGAGGAGUCGCCAGAUUCCUCAUCACAAGGAAGGGACUUAGCAAGCAAAUGAUUGGAGAAUAUCUUGGCAAUCUGCAGAAUCCCUUCAAUAUGGCUGUGCUUGAGUGCUUCGUAAACGAGUUAGACCUAUCAGGUAUGGCAGUGGACGUGGCUCUUCGUCGCUACCAGGCACACUUCCGCCUGCCAGGCGAGGCCCAGAAGAUAGAGCGACUGGUGGAAGCCUUCGCUAGGAGGUACUGCGUCUGUAACCCUGACUUCGUGCAGAGAUUGAGGACUCAGGAUACGAUAUUCGUCCUAGCAUUCGCCAUAAUAAUGCUGAACACGGAUUUGCACACACCGAACCUAAAACCCGAAGCUCGGAUGUCAUUGGACGACUUCGUACGCAACCUGCGCGGUAUAGAUGACUGCGGCGAUAUAGAUCGAGAUAUGCUGGCCGGUAUAUACGAUCGGGUGAAGUCCAGCGAGUUUAGACCCGGCAGUGAUCAUGUCACGCAGGUAAUGAAAGUCCAAGCGACAAUAGUAGGCAAGAAGCCUCACCUGGCCCUGCCACACCGCCGCCUCGUCUGCUACUGUCGGCUCUACGAGAUACCAGACAUACACAAGAAGGAACGACCCGGGGUGCAUCAGAGAGAGGUGUUCCUGUUCAACGAUCUACUGGUGAUUACAAAGAUCUUCAGCAAGAAGAAGUCGUCAGUAACGUACACGUUCCGCCAGUCCUUCCCGCUCUGUGGCAUGCUCGUCAACCUGUUCUCUGUGCCACACUACCCCUUCGGCAUCCGUCUAUCCCGUCGCGUAGACAGUCGACGUCUGGCCACAUUCAACGCUCGCAACGAACACGACCGGUGCAAGUUUGCAGAGGACCUGCGAGAGAGCAUUGCCGAGAUGGAUGAGAUGGAGGCCAUGAGGAUUGAAGGAGAACUCAACAGGGGGAAGGGAAGAACUGCCGGGAAUUCAGCUAGGAAUGUGAUGGAGAACAGAGACAGUGGUGUCGCUGACGUGGAAAUUGAUCAUCAGCAGUGCAUGGAUCAUGUUCAUAUGCAUGGCGUGGUGGUCCCCCCUCCCCCCUCGUGCCCGGCCCCCGCGGCCCCGCUCCGCGCCCAGAACCCGCCCCCCACCACCAUCAUCAAGCGGAACGUGCUCAGCAACUCACUAGUUGAUAUUAAUGAUCCCGUGGCAUUAGCAGCCGAGCGUCUCCAGCGGCGCGGCUCCGUGGGGUCCCUGGACAGCGGGAUGUCCGUCUCCUUCCAACAGGGGAGCAGGACGGCACUGCACGCUACGUCUCCUAGACAUCCCAAUGAACAACGAUCUCCGGGUCGUCUGUUUGGAGGCAUUAGCGGCAUCAGUGGCAUAUUCCCAGGACGUAUACGUAAAUUAAGCGCUUCCGGAAUUCCGGACAACAAGCACGGACAUGUCGGCAAGAGCACCGAAGUGUAAACAUCACAACGCAAACGGUAUACAUCGUUAUAUUUUGAAUUUGAACUCCCAACGAAUUCUCGAUCCUGAUUGGUCGAAUUCAUUAGCCGAUGGUUCACGAACGCAUUCGGGAACUUUCGAUUUUUUCUUUGAGUAAAAAGGUUUGCUCUUAAAGGUGAUUGUCGUAUUAAAUGUAAUAGUUUCAUUAUUUAAAUGGUCGGGUACCUCAUUUUCUAAGUGCCAUUCUUUUAUUUCAUCGCACUCGAUUGUAAUCUUCAAGCUGAUUUGAUUUUUAAGGUGAUUAAUAUUAUAAUGAUAUUCACAAAUGAUAUUAUGCACGUAGAAGGGUUAUUUUCCCUUGUUAAGUCGUAAUUAUAGGUCGUCUUCGGAAACUAUGAUGUCAUACUAGAUUCCUUGAAGACCAGCAUAAGCGUAAAGUCCUUUGUGAAUAUUUCAAAUUCGCAUCGAUACCUCGAUAAGGUAUACGGAUACAAUUUUUACUCUAGUAAAAAUAUCUAUCAAUUACUCAAAUAUUCAGUCAUGUGUAGCCUUAAAGCCACACUUGACAUUGUAAACUACAACUUACAAGUCAUAAAAUUGACUUCCUUCUGUAGCCGCGACGGUUAAAAGUUACAUUUCAGCUACAUGUGACUUUAGCUACGUUAGAGUUCGGCUACACUUAACACUUUUUGUAUCUGUGGUUCUAACCAGGGUAGGUUACUGUUGAUAGGCAUUUGGGGUGGUUUUGGAUAAUUUGUAUUUUAUAUACAAACGUGCCAACUGAGUAUGGUACUCGAAUUUAUUAAUAUAACAAUGAUACAAUUGACUAUGAUACGUACACGAAAUGACGUUACAACUAUGACUUGAAGAAAUACUUUAAUGGCUACUAAUAUUUGUUUCUCGUAGCCCGAAAUACAGUAAAAUGUAGUAUAUUUCUCUUCAAUAAAAAGUAGUUAUUCAAAAAGAUAUAUAGACAAGAUGACGUUUAUUUUCAUAGCGACGUUAGUAGCUGAAAAAAAAAACUUGGACGUAGAAAAAAUUAAAAAGAAUAAGCCUCAUUUUUAAUUAAAGAGGUUGUUAUAACGAAAAAGUAUAGAUAAUGGGCGUUUCGUAUGAAUCGAAGAUAAUAUUGGGUCCACGUUUAUGAAGGUAUAUAAUUCUUAGAUGUUGGAGUGAAUCGCUCACUAUUCCUGUAGAAAGACUACUAAUAUACAUUCCUAAAUAAAACUUCUUUAGUUAAAGUAUUUGUUCUGAAAUGGCAGACACAAUAAUAAAUUAAUAAAAUGGCAACAUAACAAAACAUUUUCAAAUCUUGCAACACUUUUAUAUUCUGGAUAAUGCACGUCACUAUAUUGAACCUUCUGUUAAAUCAUGGUUCUUGUCACAAAGUUAUAUAACAAUUAUACAUUUUUAACAGUUAUAUAAAGUACAUAAUUCCUUUUUUAUUGUCAUUUUUAUCCCAGGAAUAGUGUAGUGAUUCUAAAUCUAGCUAGAGUUAUGUGGAAUUACUGGACGGUACCGAGUGAAAUAUAACCGCCGAUUACUCAAACACAGUUUCAAUUGAAGCGACAAACAGUCUCCAAUAAGUAAACUGUAGUCUCAGUAUUCGGCGAUAAAUAAAAUUUGAAUUAAAUAUUAAAUUGCGUCAAAUCAAUAUUCACUUUUUAGAUUCACAUUUAAAACAUAUUUUCCAUUGCAUGUUACCAACCGAAAAGUAUUAUAAAGAUUACUUUUAAUAAUAUUAAAAAAAAGAAAAUUUUAUCUUUAGAAAAUUCGUAAUAUUUUCCGUAGAAUAAUUGUACAUACGUUUGGAAUAGCGAAUGCAAUAGAGUUUCUGGAGUACACAAAUUAUUUCAGCACAGAGAAAUACAUAGACAUCACAGUUUAAAAAAAUAUUUAUUAUAAUAAAAAAAAAAUACGAAUUUAUUCACUAUUGUUGAUGAAUUUUAUUAGAUUAGGCGAUUUGAGGAAUUUUAAUAUAGGAUAGUAACCUUUUGAUUCCUGGAGUAGGUAGAGACCUGUCGUCAACAUUAUGAUGUCCAUAAACACCUGGAAAGAUGAGGGGCCUUUUGGCACCAAGAAACAAAUUGUUAGAACAUCCACCGGGAACAUGACUCAACUUCUUCACUGAGUACUUUUUUUUCAAAACAAGAGUUUUCUAUGAAUUUUGUACGAAAUUGUGGAUUGUGUCAUCACGUUCUUUUAGCGUCAAACGGCAUACUUAUCUUUUUUAAAAUUUGCUGGAAAGAUACUAAAAAUUAAAGUGUGAUUAUUUUUUAAUAUUUUAUUGUAUUGAACAGUCGAAAUUUUUUUUUGAUUAAGGAAAGUACACAAUUAUAUUCCAAUGAUUUGGAGUCACAGUCCCUCUUCCCUCCCAAAUCCGGAGAAUGAACUUGUAACUCCACUAGUGUUGCAAGCGUCCAUGGAUGGCACUGAUAGCUUAACACCAGGUGAUAUGUGCUCGUUUGCCAAAAUAUCCCAUAAGAAACACUAUCGCCCUAAUACUGAAACAAUACUAAAUUUUAAGUGGUGCUUGAGUAUCGUUCUGUACACUACAAAUUGUUUAUAAAAUAUCAGAGAUAACACGAUAUUUAAGUAAAACCUAAUAUUAAGUUACCUUUUUAUGGGAUU